AUGGCAGAGUCAGCUCAUAGCUCGCUUGCCAGUGGUGGCCAGCAUGAUGAUCAUGCGUCCAAGCCUCACUUUGCUUCCACUGGGCUUGAGAAUCAGGAAGAGGGAAAUGCCCGAGAGGGUGAUUAUGACGUCGAGACGGUUGAACGUAUCUACAGAAAGAUCGAUCGCCGUAUCAUUCCUGCCUUCUGGGUCCUCUACUUUCUGUGCUCAGCCAUUAGGUCCAACAUUGGAAUUGCGCAAACAAUGAACAAGGACAAGGGACAUGAUCUCAUGACCGUCCUUGGAAUGACUCCAAAGGAUGUUUCGACUGCUCUCGCCCUCUUCUACGUCGCAUAUGUCAUCUUCGACUGCCCCUCCAACCUCGUCAUGAGCAAGCUCAGCCCUCGUCUCUGGAUGGCCCGCAUCGUCUUUGCCACCAGUGUUAUCGGCACUUGUUUCGCUGCUGUCAAUGACCCCUGGAGUGUUAAGCUGCUGCGCUUCUUGCUUGGACUUGUCAUUGCUGGCAUGUGGCCCGGCAUGGCCUUCUACCUCACCCUCUUCUACCCUCCUUCACGCACUGGCCAGCGAAUCGGUUACUACUUUACCGCCUCGCAAGUGUCUGCUGCUGUUGUUGGCCUUGUUUCUGCAGGCUUCCAGCUCAUGGACGGCGCAAGGGGCAUCGUGGGCUUUCGCUGGAUGUUUAUGGUCUACGGCCUUGUCGGUGUCGUCCUGAGUGUAGUUCUUCUGUGGUGGCUCCCAGAUCGUCCGCUUGCGCCUGGCCAAACUAGGCCGAAGACCGGCAUUUUCAAGUGGCUCCCUGCUACCCCUGAAGUCCUCACGGGACAGGACGCUGUUGUUCACUAUCACGACCUUCGUCGCGUUUACCACUCUCGCCCCUGGAACUUCAAGGAUCUUGGCCAUGUCUUGAUCGAUUGGCGUUUGUGGCCACUGACAAUGAUGUACUUCGGUGUUGUUGGCGUAGGUAUAGGCACCCAGAUGUACGGAUCCGUUAUUAUCGCAUCCAUCAGGCCCGAGGCUAGCGGUGUCGAAGUCAGUCUGUUGUUUGCUCCUAUCUGGAUUAUGGAUCUCAUCGCCAUUCUCAUCGUUACGCCCAUCUCGGACCGUUUCCACCAAUCUCGCCCAUACUUUUUCUCCGCUGCUGUCUGCAUCCAGAUCGCUGGUCUCCUCACCACCACUCUGGCAACCAACAAUGGUUGGGCGCGAUACGGAGGUCUUCUCAUGGUUGGAUUCGGCCUCGGCCCUACUGUCCCAAUCUGUAUGGCUUGGAGCUCUGAGAUAUUCCAGAAGCGCCACGGUGAAGUUGGAGUUGCUGCCGCCACUGCUCUCGUCUCUGGUCUCGGAAACUUGGGUAGCGUCAUGACAACUUACGCUCUCUACACUGGCUGGCCUGAGGAUGCCGCUCCUGGUCCCCGCCAGUACCGCAAGAGUAACUACACCAUGAUUGGGAUCUUGUGUAUGAGCAUUCUCAGCUCCUUCGCCAUGAAGGCCCUCCUCACGUACUUCGGCAACCCAGCUAGCAGCAAGCUUCAGUCCGACUCGGCCAGUGAGUUUGAGGAUGGUGCAGCCCGACGAGAGGGGCAGGAGCGCGGAUUCGGAUCUCUUCCUUGGAAGAAGUCGAACCGUACCUAA